UUGAACUUAUACCGUCAGAAACAAAAUUGGACACAAAAAUCGAAGAAAAUGGAGAGUUGUGAUUCUGGAAAAUUCCACCCAACACUUCCGCUGGACGCAAAAUAUUACCAGCAGUGUUACCAGACUUUCUCUCGAUUCAUGGAAUUUGACAUGCCGUACACUUACGAGACAUGGUACCGCCAAGUGCUCGGAGCGGCAAUUCGGGACAAGUUACGCGGGAGAGGCACCGAGCACAGACUUACGGGACAAGAUGAUACCAAGAGAUCUGCUGAGGAUGGCUUGCUACGGCACAUGGGUGUAGGCAGUGGCUCUGGAGAACUAGAAAUUCAGAUCCUCCAAGCCCUUCUGGAAAAAUUUAAGUUCGUCUACAAUCGUGUCAUUGAGCCCAGUGCUCAUCAGAUCAAUUUGUAUGAAAGGCUGGUCAGAGGCGACAACGCACUGUCAGCUGCCGUGAGGUUCGACUGGCAGCAGCAGACGUUGGAGGCGCACUUAGCCCAUAGCGACAGGAGGGACAAGUUUGACGUCGUCACAUCGGUUCACUCAAUUUACUACGGCGGCCGCAUGGAAGAAAAAGUUCCGGUUCUAUACGACCUGUUGACAGAGGACGGAUUUCUGGUAAUCGUCCUUUUAUCAGAUACAGACAGUUUGUCUCAAAUACAGAGUGAGUUUCUCUCGCCUGACAUCGCUGGCUACCGUUACUACACGAAACAGACUCUGCAGUCAUUCCUGAUUGCCAACAACAUCCAGCACGACACUCUCGACAUCCCACGUUUUGCCAUCGACAUUACAACCUGCUUCGACGACAGCUCGGAAGAAGGCGCACAGCUUCUGGAUUUUCUCUCGCACAUGAAGCAUUUCCGAACGGCGGUACACUCGAAACAACGAGAGAAGUUCAUGCGUCUGCUAAGGCAAAAUGCGCACACCAUUGGAAACAAGGUCUUACUGACUCAUGACACAUCAGUAGUUCUUAUACAGCGAACGGACAAAAACUUUACUAAACGUGACUCUCCAUAAGUACCUUGUCGGUCAAGAUAUCUACAAUGUCAUUUUUGUCGAGGGAGGGGUCCGUUUAUGUUCACUUUUGUUUUGUUCUUUUUUUUACCCUGGGGACUCAUGGUAUUUUAAAAGUAGCGGAGAUGUUAAAGACAUAUCCAUAUUACUGCAGUUACCGUUUUCUUCUGUGGUAUAUUAAACAUUAUAGUUGUAAAUUUUCAAGGAAUGAAUAUACUCGAGAUUUCUGCUCACAUUUGUCAUUUGAAGAAUUGCUUUAUUCAGGGUGAAAAUGGUGUGCAGGCGGCGCACGGGGCUCCGUUAGGGCAAGUUCGGGCGCAAAGUAUAGUUCGACCAGUAGUCGUUGCGUGUUCACGAUGGGCAUGCGCGAUUCAUACAGUUACAAUACAAUUUUUAAAAAUAUUAUCGUUACUUACUUACUGUGAUUCUUGCAACGUACACAGUCGUUGAAAUCUUGUACAGUUAUUUUCAUGUGAUUCGUUCCCUCUGUAAUGAUAAAUGAAACUGUUUUUUUAUAAUCUCAUUUCGUUUGGUUGAACGGGGUGAAUAAGAACGAAAUGUAGUUCUCAAUAGGUGUAACUAUCACUCCGCUAGGCGGAGGGAUACAUAGUGAUGUGUUGGUAUGAAAGGAGCGGAUGGACAGUUCGGGCCAUCUGCGCACCGACAGGCCGAACCUACACUUAAAUUUUAACACUGUUUUUUUUUUCUUACAUCCCAGUCUGAAAAACUUCAAUUGACACUCGCCUAUCAUGAAUUUUCAAACGAGAGUGCUCUCUCUUCUUAAAUGCGAAUAAAGAGUGUAUGAUCUCGUUCCUACGGGCCAGUUGUUACUCUGCAAUACGAGAUGAAUUAGUCCUGGUAGGAUGCAUGAGGGCGUCAUUUAUACACCUUAUUAUACAUCGUCAGUUCGUAAAAACAGUGUCCUAAAUCUUUAUUUAGAGAUCCCAGGUAUUAAUGUUUUGUAUGGUGUCCCCACAUGGCAUUUAUAAUGCUAACUGUAUUAGUUCGUUUCUUUUCAAUCCUCCGGGCACUCCUGCAAUGACAUCAUAGAUCGUAACCUAUGCUAAGACUACUUGGUGCAGUUUUCAGCAGCACAUACAUUACACGCACAAGUUGUGCCAAAUGUGUGCCUUGUACCAUAGCAGACUUUGCAAUUGUGCACAUUGUACAAUUUGUCCACGUGCGCUUGUACAUGGUGCAUUGUGAGGUACCGGAACAAUGGAAGG